CAAAUUUUGUAUAUUAACUCAAGUUAUUAAACAUUUAUUUGUAUAAUAAAUCUUUAAAACAAACAUUUCAAUUUUACACACACAUAAAAAUGACCAAGUAUCAAUAUCUACUGAUUGUCUCAACAUUGGCCAUUGUUGGCCAACUAGUUGUUGGACAACCCAAUACCCAGGAUGAAGAUUUCAAAAAACAUGGAAAAAUGAUUUUAUGCGGUGAGUGCAAAGAUGCCGGUGUGAGAGCCGAUCUGCAAAAGUUUAAGGACUGUACAGCAGAAUUGUAUCCGAAAGAAAUGCAGACAAUGAUGGCUAUACGGGAGGCAAACAAAUCCAAUCCCGAUGUUUGUAUGGAAAAAAUGAUGACUGAAAUGCUUGAGUAUUCCCGCAAAGAUCCCGCAGGAGUUAUCAAAGUUACCGAAUGUUUCAAUACUAACGUUGUCCGACAACAUCUGGAUAAAUGUCACUAAAAAAAAUUAUCACUACUAUUACUACUACU